AUGGCUGCUGAGGUUGCAGGACUGCUGCUCACUGACCCUAGCCGCUUUGCUGCGGAAGCUGCAGAUUCGAUGGCCUCUGGCAGCAGAGGUGACCUUGCGAGUUUAUGGGCCACGCGUGCUGACAUCCUCAUGGGCCUUGGUGGCCUCAAACGGGCCAACACCGAGCUGCAGGCGGCGGCUCAGCUGGCGCCCGAGGAUCAGCGAGUUAACGACCUCCUGGCAGAAUGCAAGAAGCUCCAGCAGUACCAGGAGGAAGGGUUCAUCGAAGAUGCGGUGGCUGCAGCGCAGAGCAAGGUGCCUGUGCACAUCCUGACGGGUUUCUUGGGCUCUGGCAAGACGACCUUGCUGAAUCACAUUCUCCGAGAAUCACAUGCCAAGCGCUAUGCAGUGAUUGAGAAUGAGUUUGGUGAGAUCGGCAUCGAUGACAAGCUCAUUGCCCGCAGGGAAGAUCUGGGUGCUGAGCAGAUCAUUGAGAUGAACAAUGGCUGCAUUUGCUGUACAGUGCGAGGUGAUCUUAUCCAAGGCCUCAGGAGCAUUUUGAAGAAAACUUCCCUGGAAGGCACCAAGCUGGACGGCAUAAUUAUUGAGACGACUGGGUUGGCUGAUCCGGCCCCUGUGGCUCAGACCUUCUUUGCAGACGAUGUGAUCCAAUCGAAGAUGAUGCUGGACGGCAUCAUCACAUUGAUCGAUGCGAAGCACGCUUUGCAACACCUGCGAGAGGAGAAGCCCGAGGGUGUGGAGAACGAGGCCGUGGAGCAGGUUGCCUUUGCAGACCGGAUCGUCGUUAACAAGACGGACCUUGUGAGAAACGACGAGUUGAAAUUGCUGACCGAGGAGAUCCGCGGCAUCAACCGCUUGGCCCCUAUCAUCUACACACAGAACUCCAAAGUGGUUCUGGGCGAGAUUAUUGGCAUCAGAGGCUUCUCUCUGGACCGUGUCCUUGAGGCAGAUUCGGAGUUCCUGAAGGAUGAGCAAGACCACGAGCAUGAUCAAACAGUGACCUCAGUUGGCAUUGAGUGCGCCGGCGAGUGCGGCCAAGCCAGGCUCAAUGCGUGGAUCGCAAAGCUGUUGACGGAGCGUGGGACGGACAUCUUUCGCACGAAGGGAGUCCUUGCAGUCAAGGGCAGUGACCACAAGUUCGUCUUCCAAGGCAUCCACAUGAUUUUCGGCGGCCAGCUCCAGGACCCCUGGCCUCCCGGGGAGCGUUUGAAUCGGCUGGUCUUUAUCGGCCGCAAUCUGGACAGAGCUGAGCUCGAGAGCGGAUUCAAAUCCACUCUAGCUUAG